CGUCACUAAGAGCUGGUUUCCGGUUCCGGGGCGACUGUAUCCUUCGCCAACAUCAGACAAAAUGUUGUCCCGCUUGGCGCGGCUCGGACCUCUUCUGAUGCCGCGCUUACCUGCUGUACACCUGCCGCGCUUACCUGCCGGACACCUGCCGCUUCGAGGCGUGUCCCAAUCCAAGCCGAGCGAGGCUGUCAGUUCCAGCAUCGCGACGGAACUCAAACAUGCGGCACCGAAUGUCGGCCACGGCCGCGUCAACCCCUAUGUCAAGAAUCCAGAAUACUAUGGCUUCUCCAAUGACCCUGAGGUGGAUCUCAUAAACAUGAGAUUAGCCUUCUUCUUUGGUGUGUCUCUGUGUCUCGUCGUCGGAGGAACAUUCCUUCACUACUUACCAGACCCUGGUAUGCGUGAGUGGGCCAGAAGGGAGGCUGAACGUCUCAUCCUGCAGAGAGAGAAAGAGGGUCUACCUCUGAUCACAGAAAACUACUUUGACCCCAACAAGAUCAUCUUGCCCAGUGUUACCGAGGAGUAAAAUGAACAAGCAUCCACUUCAUAUAUUUCAGGAUUAUUGGAUGUCGUUAAGUAGAAUAAUAAAUGAGCAAAUUGUUGAAUUUGUUUAUUUUGAGUAGGCUAAGACUUCAACUUAAGAACACGUUUUCAAUGAAGACAUUGUAAAUCAACAGAAGAUUCCACCACUAAACUCUUUUUGUCGCCAAAUUUCUGGAUUUGAUAGUUCCAACAGUGCUGAAGCCAUUGAAAUGUCUACAUCACAGGCAUCAAACCCAAGGCUCGGGGGCCAGAUGUGACCCCUUACUUCAUUUUAUUUGGCCCUCAAAAUCCUGGAAAUAAAAUGUAUCAAUAAAGUACUGCAACUUGUCUUACUGAA